AGAGUAUCGAAAGGGAGGAAGAGAGAAAAUGGAGGGUGUGGGCUGAUCGCGUGGGGGUAGAAGGACCUGCGCGCGAAUUUCCCGCGUUCGUCCAACCUCAUAUUGAUCCCACCCCAGUAACCAGCGAGUUUCUCUCUCUCUCUCUCUCUCUCUCUCGGUCGUACUACCAUUAUACCCCGCGACUCGGCUCUUUCUCGAGCCAUCUCACCCUCUCUCUCGAUCCUUUACGUUCGAGCGUAGUACACCGACGCGAAGGGUGCUUUUCAACGUCGCUGCCGCUCGAACGGUGGUGGAGCUGGCGGUGGUGCUGCUGGCAGCGGUGGCGGUGGUGAUGGUGGUUGUGGCGGUGGUGGUGGCGGCGGCGGUGGUGGUGGCGGCGGCGGCGAUACGCGCUCCCUACGAGGGCGAGAGAGAAUCGCAGAUUCGCGGGAUCCGGCUGGUCCAGCAGCGCGCGCGCGUCUGGAAGGUGUCGUUCGUGCUCGCCGAGAAUCGGGACGAAUUUUCUUUUUUUUUUUCUGUACUUCGCCUCGUCCUUAUCAUUCGAGUAGCAAGCGUCGUUCGUUCUACGUUUAACUCUCCUAAUCGUUUUGUGCUCGUCGGACGCGAAAAGUUUCGCUCGAAUCGCGACCCCUUUCGAGACGAGGAUAACGACACGAAGAUUUAAAGUAGUGCACGAUCGAGACCGUCGAUGGAAGUACGUCCGUGAGCGGUUUUUAAUCAAAAGGUGAAAUCAAAAGAACCGUGGUGCCGUUGGUGCCGAUUGUGAGAGGAAGAUAGAUCGAUAGAUAGAUAGAUAGAUGGAUGGAUAGAUAGAAAGAAAGAAAGAAAGAUAGAUAGAUAGAUAGAUAGAUAGAUAACUACGAGUGGAAAGAUCGAACGGUGGCUAUCGAUGCGCAGGGAACGGGUCGACUUCCUGUCAAACAUUUUCACGAAAACGAUCGUGGCCAUUAGCGGAAGGAGAAGGUGAAAUAACAAGGAAGAAGAGAGAGAGAGGGGGGAGAGAGAUGAAAGAGAGAAAGAUAGUGGAAAAGCAGCAAAAGCUUCUGAACUUUAGCGUGCGCGCGCACGCGCGCGUUUGUGUGUGCGUGUAUUGUGUGGGUGUCUGUGCAGGUAUGUAAUGAUUCCGCCGAAGGGUGGAAAAAAUAUUUUGGAGAUCGAACAGUUUUUCUAUCGCUCGGUUGUCCGUAUCCGAGAGGUUUUCGUUGAAAACUCGUUGGGAGAGUCUCUCUCUGUCUCUCUCUCUCUUAAAAUUAAGAGAGGAAAAGAGGCUCGAAUGAGCCGAUAUAUCUGGACCUCUGGUUGAAGAAGGCUUCGUAAGAGAACGAAGAGUAACUCGAUACUUGGAGAAAAAAGGAAGAAAAGGAAGAAGAGAAAGAAUUGUUGGUGAAUCGAAUCAUCGAGAUGGAUGCCCUGGAAUUGCAAGCUGCCCUGGUCAAGUUGGAUCCGGCUACCACGGUGACGCCGAUCACUUCGAACGUCAAACUGAUGUCUCAUCAUCGUAUCGCCUUCGCCGUGGACGUCGACGACGACGAUCUGACCCUAAGGAAUUCUUCGGAGGUCGACGAAAAACAGUCGAGCGGUGGUUGCUCCAGCGAACAUCAGCAGAGUUCAUCGACUACGACGGGGACGGGUACGACGGGGACGAGGAAACUUCAAAACGCGAAUUGCGGCGCCAGUCUGACCGUGACUACUCAUCAGAAUCAUCAGACCAGCCAACAACAGAUGGGUAUGUCCAAGUGUAAUCUCGUCGAGGUCAGGUGACGCCAGCCCUGCUUCGGCGUUAACAUGAUUUAUCAUACCUAUCCGCCGCACCGGGGUAGCAAGCACCACGGUAAACAUCAUGCGAAGGAGAAGAGACAUCAUCAUCACACUAUGCAUCAUCAGCAUCAUAGAGCU